CAGGACAAGGGGAGGGUGCGGGGCACAGAGAGAGAGUAUGAGCGAGCCAUGGACUUGCCUGAAUGCAUCACUUGGAAUUAAUGUUUGUACUUUCCCUCCGUGAGGCCGCCCGGGGAGAGGAGAGGCUGCGACCGCUGUCUGGAAACCCCUCACUGGCCACAUCUUUGCCUCGGUCCUGGUUUCGGACGCGCUGCGCUCGCCUCCUCACUGCAGUCAGCCCAACGAGCCUUCACAAUGACAGGCGUCCUCCUGAAAAUCGCCUUCACCCUCUGCUCCCUGUUUACUGUGAACUGCACCCACUCCGAGUGCCAGCUACAACUGCAGAUCGAGCGGGCCAAGCUCCGCUGUUGGACGGGACUGCGCAAAGCCACCGCCUUCGACCCCUCUGAAGGAUGUGCUGGGAUUUGGGAUAAUUUCACCUGCUGGAUGCCAGCCAGGAUCAGUGAUACAAUCAGCGUGCCCUGUCCAAAAUAUUUUGGGGACUUCAGCAGCGAUCAUGGCAAAGUAAGCAGGAACUGCACGGCCGAAGGGUGGACUAAUGUGUUUCCAAAUUAUAUGAAUGUGUGUGGAUACAACCUCAAUGGGUCUACUGAAGGGAGCGAUACCUUUUACGUGCGGGUGAUGGAAAUUUACACACUAGGACACAGUGCCUCCUUGGUUGCUCUCACCACCGGCUCAGCAAUCCUUUGCUUCUUCAGGAAACUUCACUGCACAAGGAAUUACAUUCACGUGAACUUGUUCAUCUCAUUCAUCAUAAGGGCAAUCGUUGUUUUACUGAAGGACGGGACACUGUUUUCAGAUCAUGAUCCUGAUUCGUGCAAUGAAACAGCACUGAUUGGCUGCAAGGUUAUUUUGGUUUUCUUCCAGCUAUUCAUCACUGCAAACUACUGCUGGUUACUGGUGGAAGGCUUGUAUCUGCACACAUUGCUCAUGGUCUUUUUCUCUGAAAGCAAAUACUUUGCACUCUACAUGCUGAUAGGCUGGGGUAUCCCCGCAUUCUUCACGGUUAUCUGGAUUAUUACAAGAAUCUAUUUGGACGACACUGACUGCUGGGAUACCAAUAACCACAGCGUUCCGUGGUGGACAAUCAGAGUACCAAUCCUGGCAUCUAUCAUACUAAACUUCAUCCUGUUUAUUAGUAUCGUGCGAAUACUGAUUCAGAAGCUAAGGUCACCGGAUGAUAGUGGCAAGGACCACUCACAAUUCAAGAGACUUGCCAAAUCCACGUUGCUCCUGAUCCCGUUACUGGGAGUCCAUUACAUUGUGUUUGCCAUUUUCCCAGAUAAUGUUUCGAACAAGUAUCGGAUCAUAUUUGACUUGUGUUUCGGAUCUUUUCAGGGAUUUAUAGCUGCCAUUCUGUACUGCUUUUUAAAUAGAGAGGUUCAGGCGGAACUGAAAAGGAAAUGGCGGAGCUUGGCAUCAGGUUGUCGACUAUAUUCUGACUACAGUCUACACAGAGGGUCGGUGUCUGGGAACGGCACGGUUCACAGGAAUACCCGGGCACAAUCAUUGCUUCAGACAGAAACGUCUCUGGUAUGAGCGGCUGCACGCAACCCUGGCCUGCCUCGCCUGUGCUGCUUUGUUGGAGAAACCCAAUGGAACAUUGCUGUUUCCUCGAGCUGCAACAUUCGCUUGAUCAAGUGUGCAUGAUUUUUAAAAAGACACAUGACAGCUACCCAAGUCGGCCUCAGAUGUAAUACCAUUUACGGGCGUGUUGGAAAUUGUUGUCGUGUGUUUUGCUGUGUACGUAAUCAGCUGCUUGAAGAUUGCAUUCACCAAGUCUUGUGAUGGAGACUGACUUUGCCCACUGGAAAAGCCAUGUACAUCACCGGUUCAUAGAAGUGAAAGGAUCCUGGCGUGCACGAUCCCAGGGGGAUGCACAGCCACGUUUAAACUUUGAACGUGAAUUUUUAAUUGAUCCCCGUCAAUUGUAAUCUUUGGAAUUCUGCCAUGAUCACAUCUUCGUAAUAUUCAGUCAGUCGCUUGUGUUAAAUAUGUGGGAUAUUUUUUCAUACAUUCCUGGAUUUCAAGCUAGAUAAGUUGUUUCUAAUGGUACGGUGAUGUGAGUCUCAAGUGUCAUUUGAGCAAUAAAAUUGUGAACAAAUACGUCGUAGUGA